AUGAAAAAUUUCUGCAGGUUCAAAUUGAAGAACUACCAGUGUUCUUUGGCUUUCAUAUUUGCCACUGAGGAGAUCAACAGGAACCCUCAUCUUUUACCCAACACAUCUCUGGGAUUUGAUCUCUACAAUAUCGAAAGAAGUGAAUGGGAAUUUAUCAAGGAAGUGUUCCUUUGGCUCACAGGAAUGGGAAUCAUCACUCCCAACUAUACAUAUAGAAGGGAGAGAAAGGCUGUUGCUCUACUUACAGCAUCAUGGCUAAUUUCUACAAGUGGUGGAAGACUUCUGAAUCUCUACAAAUAUCCACAGCUUAGUUUUGGACAUUUUGACAGUAUCCUGAAUGACAGAGGCCAGUUCCCUUAUGCCUACCAAGCAGCUCCAAAGGACUCAUCUCUGUCACUUGGCAUUAUCUCUUUGAUGCUUCAUUUCAGCUGGACCUGGGUGGGGCUGGUCCUCAUAGAUAACUAUAAAGGAAAUAAGAUUCUAUCAGACAUGAGUGGAGAGAUGUACAGGAAUAGAGUGUGCUUAGCAUUUGUAAAAAUGGUGCAAGAGAACUUGUUUUGUUUUGGCUAUUCAUCCCUAGAGACUGUCAUGGUGAUUAAGAAGUCAUCUGCAAAUGUUGUUAUCAUUUAUGAACACAGGGAAUCUUUACAUUGCUUAAUGCUAUGUGGAUUGCAUAUUGUAAAAACAUGGAAAGUCUGGGUCAUGAAUUCAAAGUUUGAUAUGAGUAUCACUUCUGAGCCUUUUAUUUUUGAUCCAUUUCAUGGGACUCUCCUUUUUACACAUCACCAUGAUGAGAUUUCUGACUUUAAAACUUUUAUUCAGGCAUAUACCCCUUCUAAAUAUCCAGAUGACUAUUAUCUUAAUAUUAUAUGGAAUGGUUGGUUCAAUUGCUCUUUAUCUCUACCUUAUUGUAAAGUAUCUGGUAACUGUCUACCGAAUGCUUCAUUGGAAUUGAUUCCUUCAAAUACAUGGGAAAUGGACAUGACUGAAGCAAGUUACAAUAUAUAUAAUUCCGUGUAUGCUGUGGCUCAUACUCUCCAUGAGAUGACUGUGAAACAAGUACAAAUGCAACCUCAUGGAAACAGGGAGAGGAAUAUCCAUCCCUGGGAGCUUCAUCCCUUUCUCAAUAAAAUCCAGUUCAAAAAUGGUGCUGGACACCAUGUUGCAUUGGAUUACCAAAUGAAAUUAGAUGAAGAGUAUGAUAUUCUCAACUUCUGGAAUUGGCCACACGGUCUCAGACAAAAUAUGAAAGUUGGAACAUUUUCUUCAAAAGCUCCACAUGGGCACCAACUGAUUUUAUCUGAUCAUAUGAUACAGUGGGCCACAGGAUUUUCAGAGCUUCCUCGCUCUAUGUGCAGUGAGAGUUGUCUUCCUGGAUUUCGAAAAUCACCCCAGGAAUGGGAGCCUAACUGUUGCUAUGAUUGUGCUCCUUGUCCAGAAAAUGAGAUUUCCAAUGAGACAGAUAUGGACAAUUGUGUGAAGUGUCCAGAAAGUCACUAUGCAAAUGCACAGCAGAACCACUGCCUUGAGAAAGCUGUGACUUUCUUAUCCUAUGAAGAUCCCUUGGGAAAGGCACUCUCCUGCAUGUCCCUGGGGUGCUCUCUUCUCACAGCUGGUGUUUUUGGUGUCUUUGUGAAGCACUACCACACUCCCAUUGUCAAGGCCAACAAUCGGGCUCUCUCUUGCAUCCUGCUCAUCACUCUGACCUUCUGCUUUCUCUGUCCCUUGCUCUUCAUUGGCCAUCCCAACACAGUCACGUGUGUGCUGCAGCAGAGCACAUUUGCAGUUUUGUUUACUGUGGCUCUCUCCACAGUCCUGGCUAAAACAAUUACUGUGGUUCUGGCCUUCAGGGCCACUGUUCCAGGGAGAAUGGUGAGGUGGCUAAUGACAUCAAGGGUCCCUAACUUCAUCAUUCCCAUCUGUACCCUCAUCCAACUUGUGCUCUGUGGAAUUUGGCUGAGCAUCUCUCCUCCCUUUGUUGACCCAGAUGCUCACACUGAACAUGGACACAUCAUCGUUGUGUGCAACAAGGGCUCAGAGUUUGCCUUUCACUGUGUCCUGGGAUACCUCUGUUGCUUGGCAUUUGGGAGCUACACUAUGGCCUACCUCUCCAUGAACCUACCUGACACAUUCAAUGAAGCCAAAUUCUUGACAUUCAGCAUGCUGAUGUUCUUCUGUGUGUGGGUCACCUUCCUUCCUGUCUACCACAGCACCAAGGGCAAGGUCAUGGUGGUCAUGGAAGUCUUUGCUAUCUUGGCUUCCAGUGCAGGUCUCCUGGGCUGCAUCUUUGCCCCCAAGUGCUACAUAAUUUUGUUAAGACCAGAAAGGAACUCAUUGUGUUGCAUGAAGAGCAAAGCACAUUGUAGAAUAAAAUUUUAA